AUGCGAGCAGACUCAACUCCAAACUCCGUUAGACGAACCUCCCGAAACAACCUCUCCAACACACAUUCUACCCCAAACCCCCAAAAUGUAGAAUCAUCCCGUCCCGUUGGGCUCUACGAAUCCCCUUCUGUCCAAGACCGCAUACGACAAUGGCAGGCUCAAGGUGCAGCAAACGCACUGGCCCCAGAUGCAGUGAGCGUCCGAUCGAUUCCCACCUCCGAAUGCGCCUCUGCUUCAUCGAGACCGGAGUCGGAAUAUGGAAGCGAGUUCAGAGUUCGUGUCAGCGGAAGAACCAAAGCCAAAGAUGAACGCAGUCAAGAGAAAGAGAGGAGUUCCAGUGCUCCGCGAAGGCGCAUCAUCAGUGAUAGUCACUGGAAGACUCAGAAGCGUGAUAAGGACAACAAGGAUCCGAAGCCCGCCGUCGACCCACGAUCGGAGUCACGACAGUACGACCUUUCCUACACUUCCAAUCAAGAGAAAAACAGAAGGAGACGACGAUCCAAAACACAAGAGCGUAUGAGCGCCGGCCAAGGAGCGGGACAAACCCUGCCACAUGACGAUGGCAUUAGGGUGACAACAAUUCCAGACGAUGCCAUAGCGGAAGGGGAGGAAUUGCCACCUCUUUGCGAUCUUGAGAGCCGAGUGGACGACGAGUUGGCUCGGCACUUGACCACCGAAUCUAUUUUAUCUGGGAACUUUGGGAGAUACUUCGAUGAAUCAAUAAGGCUAGAGAAGGGUGUUCCGAGCGAUCGGAGACCUAGCAAAUAUGCCGAGCUGUUAGGAAGGCCUGGGGAUGCUUCCCUGGAUGCAGACGCCCCAAAAUCAAGGAAAGGCGGACUAUUGGGCAAAACCAAAGGCAUGUUUAUGAAGUCAGAGACUGUGCCUACUGUCAGCAACAGGAUACCCAGUAUUGAAGCAUGGCUUGACGAGCAACCUGACCCAUUCGUCGAUAAGGACGGUCUGGACGAUCUGCCACCGGUCGAAGUGCCCCAACCAUUAAGAAAACGUACGCACCAGAAGAGAUCCUCUGUUGAGAAGCCCAUCACGCCCGAUCCCAAUCAAAUAUGGGAUUCCGUUUUACCGCAGCAAACCGAAUCUAGCCUCCAGCAUACACCAAUACCAGGUGACUCGAUGGCAUCGCCGAAUGCUAACCAGACCUCCGCUUCGAACCUUAGCGAUCCAGCAAACGAUGCUCAGGACGGGCACGAUGGCUCGCCGUCCACCCUUCGGCGGAGAGGUGCAAGAGUUCGCCGUCAGCGAGGGCCUUCCAGGAAGGAGAUGGUGCCGGAUGGGAGCUCUCCAGAACUCACAGCGUCGCUGCCAGAAGUUCCGCUAGCUGAGAAUACGACAGUAAAAGCUGCCAGCCUGCCUCAGCGACCCUGCCCCCCUACCGGUCUGCAUCGACUUCCAACAAUACCAUCCGUGGAGACUUUCAAGGAAACCGAUUUAGAACCGCCGCCCCAAGGAAAGGUUUCAGGAGAUGUUUGUGACCUUCAACGCAAGCUAACCACUCACGAAGAUUUGAUGUCAGUUUUAUCUUUGCCGAGGGGCACCUGGGUCCGUCGUUCGAGGCGAAGUGCGAGAACAAAGGCACAGGCAAAACAACAACCCAGUUCAGCACAAGAGAUUCUCGCCGGGGUGGUAGCGGACGAAGAAAGGUAUGGACGAGAAUUACGAACUUUGGUUGACGGUGUCAUACCAGUCCUGCUCCAAUGCCUCCUGUCCAAAACAGAUGCGGCGGCGGCGGCGGGCUUGUUCACGUCAUUAGCGCAAAAAGAUGGCGCAAGCAUCACGAGGCCCAUCAUUGAUAUGGGAAUUGCCCUUGAAAGAUUGAAGGCUCUGCAUAAUCGCAUUCCCUCCCAGAGCCUGGACAGUCUUCUCAACUGGGGUCAAACAACUGAAAAAGCAUAUAGAGACUAUCUACAAGCUUGGAGGCUCGGGUUUCAAGAUGUCGUUGUCAACCUUGCACCACUUGAAGGCUCAACAGCUCUAGAACAGGGCAUGGCCAGGGACGAAGCGGGCGACCUAGUGGACGCUGCGGGCAAGAAGGUGGACGUUGCAUAUCUGCUGAAAAGACCGCUUGUGAGAGUUAAGGGGCUGAGCAAGACGUUCAAUCGAAUCCGGAAUGAAUGUGAUAUGCCUCUUGCUGCGCGGAUGGCCGAUGCUUAUGCUGAUCUGACCGCGUUUGCUAAGAGACGGAAUCAGGAAGAACAAGCCAGGUUGGAAGAUGAAGCAGCUGCAAACAUUGACGCAACCCGAGCUCGCGAUAUCAAGACAAUGGCAGCGACGGCGCAUAUCACUGUCGAUAAGACUCGCUGCGUCAAGGCAAGAGACGUCUUCAACCUCACAAUCUAUCAUUCCAGUGGCCAACGAAUGGAUUGUAGCAUUGAAUUGAUUUUGCGAGACAACGUCCGUGGUGAGCCGACUGGUGGUGAUGUCCUGGUUUGUGAAAUUGAUGGCACAGGGAAGUGGCUGCUCUUUGCUCCAAUUGAGCUGAACUCGAUAUCUUCCAGGCGUGGUGAGGAUGGGUUCGAUCUCGUCAUCAUGGUCCGGGGCCGAGCAGGUAUAGGUCAGGAAUGGCACGAACUGUUAGCCUUGAAGACGGAUGAUAAAGAAGCUGUGACGGAAUGGUUGAACAUGCUCGGUUCGAACCCACUGCCCCCGAAGCUGAACCGCACCCCGAGUUUUGUGAGACGACCUGCACCUUUGGCCAUGGCAACAGCGACUGAAUCCGAGCCUUCAACCUCGAAAGUCCCCAGUCAGACCGCCGACAUAGGUCCUACGCCAGAAUAUCCAGAUGUGCCCAUUGGCGAGCCUUCUCUUCUUGGAGUGCGUAGCGAGUUCAGUCGCCGUUCAGAAUAUACCAGGCCUCUGAUUGACAGGCCGUCGCCGCGGUUAAAUUUGGGGGGUGGACUUGCGUCAAAGCCUGUUCUGCAGCAUCAGACGCCAUCGACAAUCUCACCGAGGCGUCCGGUCCCAUCAGUCGUAUCUUCGGAUCGAUCCACGAUUUCAGACCGUUCCAGAAGGGAUUCUCUCACAACACCGAUCUCAUCAUCAUCCAAAACUGCAUCAACCAAGCUUGGCUACCUGUCAAGUCAAACCAAAAAUCCCGAAGCAUGGCGAUUUCCUCAGCCGCUAUUUCCCAAGUCUUCCGAGGAGCCGAGAAAUCAUGUGGAGGGCAGCAAGAAUGCGAGCUUGCCAAAGCUCAGUGGGCCAGAUAACGUCUGCGGUGACUGGAAGAGUUCUACAAUUUCACACCAGACACGGAGUUCAAGAGCAAGUGCAACGGAAUCCUCGUUGCGUAACUCGCAGCUGUCGCUGCCGGCUGCCCAAAGUGAUUUGUCCUCAUCCAAGCCUCUCCUCGAAACAUCACCCCAAAGACCAGAAUAUCAUCGAGCAGUGUCAUCUACUCCGUCAAGAGACCUGCCAACCGUCAACAAGGUUCGCACCCAACAACCCCAAGCCAAUUCGGUUUCGUCCCUACGGGUGAGACAAUCUCCAGGGGCAGAGCCACCAACGCCUGAGCCAGAUCGGCGACAGCAGCGGCCAAAGCGGGAACAUAAGAGUUCGACCAGAAGCCAGUUAUAUACUGAAGAUACACCGACCCCGCCAGUUCACAGCUCACGUCAAGAUCGUCCCUCAAUACCCAGUACUGGAACUUCAUCCCCGCCGGCAACCCCCCCUCAUCGUUCCGGCAUUCUGCAACCCAUAUCAAGCAACCGGCCCAGCCCAAUACUGAAACCUACUCCGAGUCCAUCAGACAAGACGGUGAAGCGGCGGACUUCCUCACCCUUGAAGCAUGAAUACGAACCAUCCACAACCUCCGACAGCUCCGGGUAUGAUUCAGAGAGCGAGGACGGUUUCUCGUCUGACACCUCUGAAGAUCUGUUAUCGGAGCACGGGGAUGUACCAACACCUCUUGUGGCUAUCACUCCCGGUGAGGGCCGGGCCUCAAAACAAUUUCUACCUCCGCCCUCGAUGAAAUCCACCGGAACUCGAACUUUAGCUCCCUCCGACUCUGCUUCGCAGGGUCCCUAUCGGAAAGUUCCUUCUUCAACCACCAUCCCAGCAAACAAGAAGGCGAAAACAAUUGCUUUGAUAUGCUCCUGGUCAGACAAGGGCAUGUGGGAACAGAUUUACCCUGACGAGUGUUCGAUCGCAAUCUCUCCCGGUUUGAUCGAAGCCUUCGAGAUGUCGGCGGCUCAUUCUGAUCCCCAAAUGUCCUUAUGCAGCCGUUAUUCUGAAGCCUCAGAAUCAAGAAAGCACUCCGUCUCUCAACAGCCCUUGGUAGCCUUCGAGUUAACCCCAAUUGUUCCGCUACGUAGGGGAACUGCAUUGGAUAUUUCAAUACGAUCUCCUCCCACCGCGAACUCCAAGAUCAGAACGGCCAAUAAUGUCAUGUUUCGUUCGCGGAAUCCGGAAGAGUGUGAAGCACUGUAUGGAAUGAUCAACUGGGCCCGGUGCAACAAUCCAACGUAUAUUCAACUGCAAAAUGCACGGCCCAGUCGCCAACCAUCAGUCACAUUCAAUGUUGGACAGGCUCAGCAUAGUCGCUCGAGGUCGAGUUCAUGGUUCAGCUUCGGGAGUCAGAAGAAGUCAAGUUAUCGGGCGUCGUCUGCACCGACACCUGCCUCCAUCGACAUGUCAGUGGAGAGCUCGGGUACUGUGGCAAGCGCCUUUUCAGCUCUAAAGAGAUUUGGCGUUAGUAGCGCCUUCAAUCUCAACCGAUCGUCGGUGAUUCACAAAGAUGGUGGUGGUGGCACUGGGGGGUCUCUGUAUUCCUCCAGCAGUGGGACCGGAACAGGCUCGGGUUCAGGCACACCGCCGCCCAGCCAGCUUGGCUUCAUACCAGGAAAGGAUGGACCCAAUGUCCCAUCGACAAGUGCAGCUGCAGCAGAAGGAGGGGGCAUGGUCAACAAUAUGAAAAUUCGACUAUACGUCAGGAAGGGACAACAUUGGGAAAACCUGGGAGCCGCCCGUCUCACAGUCCUCCCAGCACCAUCGGCCGCAGCAGAAAGUGGCCAAACCACACCGAAUCGACCGGUAGUGACCCCAGGGGCAUCGCCACCAGCAACAGGCGGCCCUCCUCGAUCUCCAUCCAACGUUACAUCUGCCGGUCAACGAGGACAAAACCGUGGGCCUCGCCUUCCAAGCUCAAACCACACACCGCACCGAAUCCACGGUAAUGGUCGGGAGAAGCGCAUUCUCAUUACGCGCAACAAGAACCGCGACGUUGUCCUAUUGGACAGUGUGCUGGGUGAAAGCUGCUUUGAGCGAGUUAUGCAGACUGGCAUUGCUCUGAAAACUUGGAGCGAGGACGAUGUCAUUGCAGAUACAGGCGGUGUGACUUUGGGCAAUCAACGGGUUUAUAUGAUGCAAUUUCCGGGCACGAGGGAGGCGGGUUGGGUCUUUGGUCUGUGUGGCACGUAUAGAUAUGGUGUUAGUGGCACCGAAUAA